AUGUCUCACCACGGACGGGAUUAUUACCAAAACUGCCUGGCGGCGGGUCGUCUGCGAUGCGGCUCGCGCCGAGCCCUCCUCGAGGCCAACGCGGCGGCCGGGCCUCCCCUCGCAAGCGAUAAUCUUCCGCGCCGGCUGCUCAAACGCGGCCUCGCCUCGGAUUUAAAAAAUACGCAUGCGGAAUUAAAUCAUUUUCAGGGGGAAUCGCCCAACGGUUCCGAUUCUCCUGCCACGGGUUUUUCUACCUUUUACGACGGUGAUGUCGUCCUCCGGCAUGGCGACGUCGUUCUGCAUACCGUUCAUCGGCAUGAGAUCCCCGCUUCGAUCGGGAUGGACGGGGUAUCGCCGAUUCGCCUUCUCGCGGUGUGGAUUCAUCCAGGGGAAGGGGGGCUGAUCGCGGUGAAUAAACCCACCGGCCUGCCCACUCAUGCAACUGGGCGCUACGCGUUCAAUUCUGUCCUUGCCAUGCUUGAAUACGUCCUUUCGCCUAAACGAAUCGCGGCGUGGUUGUGGGAGAAUGAUCCUCUUCUACAGAGCCUGGUGGCCUCCGACGAUCUCGAAAAGGAGGAAAAGGAGGCGUUGUGGGUGUAUUAUUCCCCUCGUAAUGUGAAAAAAAACCCUGAAGGGGGGGUUAACCCGAAGGAAAUUAACAAAAAGGAGGAAGAUGAAGAAGAGGAUGAAAUUGCAAUGGAAAAACUGCCGAGGCCCUGCCAUCGAUUAGAUCGAGUGACCUCAGGGAUUCUCCUCCUCGGCGUGAGCGAGGCGAGCACCAGCCGCGUCAGUCGAGCCCUUAUGAAUAAAUCAAAACAGGCUGAAAAGGUUGUUCUCGAGGAGAUGGCAAAUUUAGCCCACGAAAAUCCUCUUUCUUCCACAUAUACAAAAGAAAAGGAGAGACAGGUAAUCCGCCGCAUGGUGGAGGAGGAGUCUCACGGCGUGCGAAAACGCUAUAUUGCCCGCGUUUCCGGACGAUUCCCCCCGGAUGAAGACGUUCGAAAGGGGGAUUUUAGCACUGAUAUCAGCUCUUCUGGUGUCUUUCGCGUGGAUGAGGAAACAAUUGGACAUGUUAAUCAGGGUAUUCUACAGCCUCUGCUGUCGCACGAAGGAGAAACUGAGAAUAAUGCAGGAGUUACGCAUAUGGUAAGGGAUGUACAACCUGAUGGAAUUCUUUUUGUGAAUCCUGUAAUAACGAAUAAAGGUUUCACCGAGGCAAAUACUCUUGACUUAGCUUCUUCGCCGUCAUUAGUGACGAGUGCACCUGUACGGCAAAAUGCGCAGACAGCGAUAACGCUUUGCCAGAGGUUAAAUUUUUUUACCCGGUGCCGAUUUACACGGAAAAGGACUCCAUUAAUUUCAAAAACAAUGAAAAUCAUAGUACAAAUAAUAAUCCAGCGAGUAGAUCAGCAAGUAUUCUGCAGUGCAUCCCAUUCACAGGACGUUUGCAUCAGAUUCGCGUGCACUUAA